AUCCCGGAUAGAGGGCGUACCAACUCUGAUGGCGGAAUUUUCGAACCAGACUCCUCCAAAGUACAUUACUAUUAAAGACAGAAGUGAGGACCAACAAGAAGAGACAGAGCAAGAACUUCAAACAGCAUUAGAAUCCAAAGCAAAAUAUAUUAUUAUUGAACCACAUCUUGUUGGUGAACUAACUGUAAGAUGGAUAAAAGUGGGGAAUUUCUUCCACAAAGUGUCAGUUGUUUCUGGAGUUAUAGCCCUAGCUGUGAUGUAUACAAAGAGUGACAAGUUAUUCAUCUAUUUGCCAUUAGCAACAACCAGCAUUUUGUCAGCAGGACUAUAUGCCUUGUCAUCUAAUGAUCCCUGUUGUAAAUAUCAAAUUGAAAUAAGCAUGAAAAAUAUAGAAAAACUUCCAUUACAUAACUUGUCUAGCAGUAGCCCAGUAAUACUAGUAAGACGUGAUGACACUCGACGAAAAUGGCUACAAAAUAUUGUAGCUGUGACUUCUGGAGGACUUUCUUUAUGGAGACUAUACCACUGGUUUUAUAACCUUUGACACAUACCGGGUAGUUUUAAAAUGCUUAUUUUAAUUAAAUUUUUAGCUGUUA